AUGGAGCCCAUUAACAAGACAGGAGUCUCUGAGUUCUUCCUGAAAGGAUUUUCUGGCUACCCACUCCUGGAGCAUCUACUGUUUCCUCUGUGCUCAGGCAUGUACCUAGUGACCCUGCUGGGGAACACAGCCAUCGUGGUGGUAAGCAUGCUAGACACCCGCCUGCACACACCCAUGUACUUCUUCCUGGGCAAUCUCUCCAUCCUGGACAUCUGCUACACAUCCUCCUUUGUGCCCCUGAUGCUGGCCCACCUUCUGUCAUCCAGGAAGACCAUCUCCUUCACUGCCUGUGCCAUCCAGAUGUGUCUGAGCCUAGCCACAGGCUCCACAGAGUGCCUGCUGCUUGCCAUCAUGGCCUACGACCGCUACCUGGCCAUUUGCCAGCCACUCAGGUAUCCUGUACUCAUGAACCACCGGCUCUGCUUAUUGCUAGCAGGAACUGCCUGGGCGCUCUGCCUCCUCAAGUCUGUGACGGAGACCAUCAUUGCCAUGAGAUUGCCCUUCUGCAGUCACCACAUUGUCAGACACUUCACCUGUGAGAUCCUGGCCGUGUUGAAGCUGGCCUGUGGUGACACAUCCAUCAGUGAGGUCUUCCUGUUGGUAGGCUCCAUCCUGCUGCUGCCUGUGCCCCUGGCCCUCAUCUGCUUCUCCUAUGCGCUGAUCCUGGCCAGUAUCUUGAGGGUUCCCUCUGCUGCCGGGCGCCGCAAAGCCUUCUCCACCUGCUCAGCACAUCUGGCGGUGGUGUUGCUUUUCUAUGGCACUGUCAUCUUCAUGUAUAUGAAACCCAAGAGCAAGGAGGCCCACAUCUCUGACGAGGUCUUCACAGUCCUCUAUGCCAUAGUGACACCCAUGUUGAACCCCAUCAUCUAUAGUCUGAGGAACAAGGAGGUAAAGGACGCGGCCAGGAGGGUAUGGGACAGCAGACAAGCCUGUAGGUAA